CUAAAUUCAAAAUGGUUGAGAACGGCGAUUGUCAAGUUCCCUCCCAACGUUCAAAACCUCCCUUCUUCUCCAUCAAUGGCUUUCCCUCUCAAAAUUCAAACCCCACUCCACCAAAAUUUGAAUCUUUACACAAUACACACACAAAACAACAAACCCACCACAACGCUCACCAGGAAAACGCUUUGCUAAUCUCCAUUUCCCAGUGAAGUAACAGAGUUCAGUCAGACGUCAGUCAAGGAGAGAAUCAAGAUCAAACCUUUCAAAUAAUGGAAAACGAUUUCAAUGCUCCUUCCAUAACCAGCAGCAGCAGCCAAGAAAAUCUUCAAUAAAAUCGAAUCGAACCCAAUUCCAUUCCAUUUCCAGUCCUUUCUCCUCCGGUUUCCUUACAAUGGAAGAAGACCCCGCCGAGUUCUCCUCAGGCGGGCCUCCGCUGGUCUCCCUCUCCUUAUUUCCUCCGGCCCGCCGCCGGCGCCGCCUCUCAACGUGCUGCUACAACUUCGCCCCCGUCGCCUCGUGUGGGACCAUGGCGUGGCUGUCGCUCCAGGGACGGACUGUGAAUGCGGAGGAAGCCAGCUCGUCGAAAUCCAUUGGUUUUUUGGGGAAGGAGGAGGAAGCCCUGGCGUGGGAGCUGUUCACGCCGAUCCAGAGGUUUCUCAUUGUGGCCGUGAUCGGAGUCGCUGCUUCCGAUUCGAGGAAGAAUCGGACCAUCUCGCAGCUUAACAAGUCUGUUGAGCUUAGGGAUGAGUUGCUGUCGAGUAUGCAGCAGAAGCUGGACAGUCUGUGUUUGCAAAUGGCUAGGAUAAACGUGCAAGGAAACAACAAGGAUGAUGAGGAAGAAGAAUUUCUAAGCAGUAUGGGUUUCGUCGAUUGCGGCUGCUGGCAUUGUGAUCAACACCAGCAAGAGCUCUUUGGUGGUGGUACCAUGGGCCUGAUGAAGGGUGCGAAAGCUUGUGGAGGGGAUGAGGCGAUGGAGUUGAAAAGGCAAUUGUCGAAACAGGAUGAGCAAGAAGAGCGACGAAUGUCUGAUUUGUCUGAUUGGGCGUCCAGUUCUGCAUCUGGAUCAGAAUUUCAGAUCAGCAACUUUAUGGUAGACCAAGAUACUUGCAAUCUCAAGAGGAUAUGUGAAGAGAAGGAUGUAACCAUCAAGGAGCUAACAGAUGUUCUUCAGUUAACAGACAAAGCAGGUGCAAAGAGAAUAUCAGAACUGGAAGACAUCAUAUGUAGAAAGAACGCCAUGAUCACAAGACUCAAGAAGGACAUAGUGGUACUAGAACAGAAGGUGGUUCAGCUGACAAGGGUCCGCAGGAAAUCAACCUCUCAUUCCACCGCGGAGUUCGAGCAAUCAUCCCCUUUCAUGGUGGACAACAUAGUCUAUGACAUGGACAGCUUUACCAGCUCGUCUUCUUCUUCCUCUUCCUCGGAUUCAGAUUCUCCAACAACCCACCGUAUCAUUCCUCCUCCACAGACGACAUGCCAGAAACCAGCUCCAGGAAGGGUUUCAACAAGCACUCCACCAGCCAUGGCCAGAUCAGUAAGCCCUCUCAGAGAACUGUCAAUGAAUCAGAAGUAUGGCAGACCUGCUCCAUCGAAGUCAAAGCAGUUGUCUGCUAAUGGUGAUAUCAAGAAGAUGAGGAGAAGAAGGCCACCACCUCAAGCUGCUUCCAUUUCCAUUCCGAAGAAGAGAUGGUCCUAAUUGGUAAACACUAUGGUUGUGUUGUUCUAGUUGAAGUAGAUUCAGCUCAGUGAAAACAUUUGAGUUGAUGUCAGUUAAUAAUCCAUUGGCAAUAUCAUAACUGUUACUACUGAUCUUAAUGAAGUGUUUUGGAGUAGCGGCUGGUAUGAAUUUCCAUUUACCUCCCCUUUGACUGAUGGCGACUCCCUGGUCUAUCGGUCAUCCAAGGGUCCAACGACGACGUUUUUGGUACCGCCGUGUAGACUCCCAACAACAUUGGCCGCUGCUUCUGUGUAUGGCGGCAUUCCCUUUGGGUUGUUUUAGUCAACCGUACCAUAGAUUAUUAGCCCCAAUGUUUGAAUAUUCUAAUUGAAUGUUGCAUUUUAACCUAAUUAAUUGCUUGAAGAGUUUGGC